AUUAUUUUUUUCAGCUGGUUCUUUUGAAAACUUUGCCGGAACUUCAUUUCAAAAGAGAAGAAAAGUUAUAUUUUAUUUUUUCUUGGAGUCCAAACAGAAGGUGGCGAAUCAAAUGUGAUGGGAAGUGGACUCUCCUCCCUCUUCCCUUGCUUCAAACCAGGGACUAAUCCGACGCCAAACGAAGAACCGGACCUGAUCUUCACCGCCUCUGAGCCGUUGGAUGAAACCCUAGGUCACUCUUUCUGCUACGUCCGAUCCUCUAACCGCUUUAUCUCUCCCACUCCCUCAGAUCGCUACGUCUCUCCUUCUCACUCCCUGCGUUUCUCUCCUUCCCGGGCCGGAACCGCUUCCGACACCCGACCCGGAUUGCCGGAGACUGGGUUCAAGUCCAUUUCGGGUGCUUCUGUUAGUGCCAACGCUUCGACGCCCAGAACUGUCCUCCCACUUGAGAAUAUUUACGACGAUGCCAUUGACAGUAGUGGCUUUGCUGCUGGUAUUACUGGUGGUGGAGUGAGGGGCAGUAUUGUGAACGUGGAUGGAUUCGAAAGCACGGCGUCGUUCAGCGCGUUGCGGUUGCAACCGGUGCCACGUGGUGGAGAGGGGUUCUUCAUGUCGGGUCCCAUCGAGCGGGGUGCGAUAUCGGGUCCACUCGAAGCGAACUCGGGGACCGACAAUAGCGGGCAGGUACACUUCUCCGCGCCGCUUGGUGGCGUUUAUGUGAAAAAGAAGCGAAGGAAGGGUAUUUCUGGGAUUAAGAAGGCGAUAUAUCGGAAUUUAUCGGAGAAGAAACGGCCGUGGGUAGUGCCGGUGCUGAAUUUCGUGAACCGGAGAGAGAAUUCGGGAACCGGUGAGGAGAGGGAGAGCCAAGACGAGAGUAAUGUGCAGUGGGCGUUAGGGAAAGCGGGAGAGGAUCGGGUCCACGUGGUUGUAUCUGAGGAGCAGGGUUGGUUGUUUGUUGGGAUUUAUGAUGGGUUUAACGGCCCUGAUGCGCCCGAGUUCUUGAUGGGGAACCUCUAUAGGGCUGUUUAUAAUGAACUUCAAGGAUUGUUUUGGGACGUUGAAGAGCCGGAAGAGGCAAGUAAUGUAGCAUCAACAAUUGUAGUGGAAAGUGACAAUACGACUAACCCAAUCCCAUCACUAGAAAGAAAUUGUAAAGAUUAUGGGGAGAGUUCAGUCGGUGAAAUAGAAUCCAAUUUAGUGUACCGGUAUCAAGGAAAUGUAGCUAAAGAUGAUCCAUCAAAGGAAACGGGUGUUGAAAGGGAUGGGGUUGGUACAAUUGGCAGAAUUGAGUUGAUCCCGGUGCCUCACGAAGGGGCAAAGAGGGUUACGUUUCAAUCACAGGGUUCAGAGAUUACACAGAGAAGGCGGUUAUGGGAAUUCCUCGCCGAGGAAGAUGCAGAAGAGGGCCUUGAUCUCUCGGGGUCUGAUAGGUUUGCUUUCUCUGUUGAUGAUGCAAUUAGCGUCAGCAAUGCGGGGUCUGCAGUAAGUGGAAGGUGGUUAUUGCUGUCAAAAUUGAAACAAGGGUUGUCAAAACAUAGGGAGAAGAAUUUGUUUCCAUGGAAAUUUGGACUGGAGACAAAAGAGAAGGUGGAAAGUAGUAGAGUGGAGGAGAGGGUCUUGAAGAGGAAGCGUAAGGUGGGACCUGUGGAUCAUGAAUUGGUUUUGAGGGCAUUGUCAAGGGCGCUAGAGAUGACUGAACUAGCAUACCUGGACACGACGGAUAAGGUGCUGGAUACAAAUCCAGAGUUAGCAUUGAUGGGUUCAUGUUUAUUGGUGGUCUUGAUGAGAGAUGAGGAUGUAUAUGUGAUGAAUGUGGGUGAUAGCAGGGCAAUCGUGGCGCAGUAUGAGCCAGAAGAUGUUGGUUCUAGUGUAGGUGGUAAUGGGUUGAGCUUGGAGGGGGUAGUUGAGGGUUCCGCUCAUGUGAUGAGGUUGACUGCAUUGCAGCUGUCCACUGAUCACAGCACAAGCAUCGAAGAAGAGAUCUUAAGAAUCAAGAAUGAACACCAAGAUGACAGUCGGUGUAUUGUCAAUGAUAGAGUGAAAGGUCGUCUUAAGGUUACUAGAGCAUUUGGAGCAGGAUUUCUCAAACAGCCCAAAUUUAAUGAUGCAAUGUUGGAGAUGUUUCGGAACGAGUAUAUUGGUACUGCACCAUAUGUUUCUUGCACACCUUCUCUCUGUCACCAUCAACUUUGUCCAAGAGAUCAAUUUUUAGUCCUCUCAUCUGAUGGAUUAUAUCAGUAUCUGACCAAUCAGGAAGUGGUUUCUCAUAUUGAGAGUUUCAUGGAGAAGUUUCCAGAUGGCGACCCAGCACAGCACCUGAUAGAGGAGCUUCUUUCUCGCGCAGCCAAGAAAGCCGGGAUGGAUUUCCAUAAAUUACUAGACAUCCCACAGGGAGAUCGCCGGAAGUACCAUGAUGAUGUUACUGUUAUGGUGAUAUCUCUUGAAGGAAGAAUCUGGAAGUCAUCAGGAAAAUAUCCUUGAAAUCUUUGGUACAUUGCCGUCAGAUCGAUAGAAUGCAGUUUCAAUUCUCAAGUUGAGUCUUCUGCAAGAAGUUUAGAGAGUUGCAACAGUGACCCAUUUUUUUAUGGGUUAUAAAACGUAUCUUAUAACACAGUUAACAGGGCCCACUCCAAAUGAUAUUAGCAAAGACAAAAGCAAGGUAGCCAUGAAUAGUUCAGUAGAUGUCCUGAAGGAAAAAUGAAGGGGAAUCUGCAUAUGGGGUUGGUAGCAAACGCUCCUUAGGAAUUAAAAAGACAAAAAAUUAAAAAAAAAAAAGAAAAACAUUUUUUCCCUGUCUGUUCCUUUUUUUUUCUUGGUAAGCUGUUGUUUUUAUCUUAUAUAUUUUUGCAUAGCUGGGGACCUUCUCUAUUCAUAGGUACGUUAUUUUACCUCUUAGGGCCAAAAAUCUGGGGGAAGAGGGUUCUCUGUAAUAUGGUGGGGGUAUACUGAACUCGAUCAUUUCCUAGUCUAAAGUGAGCUCUGUAAUUUUGUAAGUGGAUUUCCAUCAUUGCGGUUCAAAAGAAUUCAUUUUUCCUUCCUCAAAA